ACUUUAUCAACUUUAAUUGUUAGAUUAGAUCGUCAAUUAUUCAACCACAAUUUGCUUUUUGCGAUCCAAUUGAAUUACCAGCUUUUUAACUUCAUUGUUCAAGCUACCGACGCCAUCCAGUGACCUUUCGCUUACUACAUGGUCCUGUUUUGUUAACAUUGUUGCGCGACGAUGCCUCCUCGAAAGAGUGACAAUGCUCGAUCGAGCAACGUAUCUAUGGCCCAAUUUGCCUACGAUGGCUCUGAUGCCGAUGUUUCUUCGAAUGCUCUACGACCUGCAGCUGGUAAUACGUCUGUCCCCUCGCGAUCCAAGCCUACACCGUCUAUAGAGAUGGAUUCCCAACGACCUUCUACCGAUGGCGCGCCUUCAGCCGAGAAGGAUAAGGAGAAGAAGGAUUCUAAAGAUAGCAGCCGGGACAAUGUAGCUAUAGAGGACCUCAACCUUCCUAAGUCGAUUAUUACUCGUCUCGCGAAGGGAGUUCUGCCUCCCAACACACAGAUCCAAGCAAAUGCCGUCCUCGCCAUGUGCAAAAGCGCUACGGUGUUUAUCAACCACUUAGCUAAUGCCGCGAACGAGAAGACGCUUAGCUCCAACAAGAAGACAAUUAUGCCUGCCGAUGUCUUCGAUGCGCUCGACGACAUCGAGUUCGAAUUCAUGCGCGAGAGACUCGAGGCCGAGUUCAAGAAAUUUAACGAAGUUCAGACGACCAAGCGUAGCACCUACCGUAGAAAGGUCGCCGCCGCCAAGCGCGCUGAAAAAGCCGCUGGUGCGGACCCUAACGCAUCCAUGGUAUCGACCACGAGCACGGCCGCUGACGCUACGGAUUCGGGCGCCCCACGCGCUUCCAAGAAGCAGAAGCCCAACGCCCGCGACGACUCAGCGAUGGAUGUCGACGGUGACGUCACGGUCGAGACCCAGGAGCAGAGCGAUGCCGAGACAGAGCCGGAAGCGGAACAGGAAGAAGACGAGGACGAGGAGAAUGAGGCUGAGGAAGAAGAGGAGGAGGAAGAAGAGGACGAUGAGGAGGGUGGGGAGGAUGAUCCGGAUCGUCUUGAGGAGCGAGAACCGAAGGAUGAGCAGGACGAUGCGCUCGACGAUGGCGAUAGUGAUUGAGCGUUGUGUUGUGAUAUUGGAUGUGGAUUACGACUCUACUUUGCUCAACUUUCCCCUUGGGUCUCCGACGGCAAACCGUCUUGGCAGGCCUCUUGUGAUGUUACUUGGUUGCGAGGUUGAAGGCAUA